UCAAAACCAGAAAUCUAGGCAGACAAGCAUCCCACAAAAGGAGCAGGCUCAGAAGUGGGUCAGGAAGCCGAAUGGACAAGGAGUGACCAUCAAGAAUAGGUCCAACAGCCAGGGAACCAUUUGUCUCUUGGUUCUGCAGAGGGCACCAUCCCACCCAGGAAUUUCUUAGAAUUUUUGGUUGGGGCAGAAACCUACGGUAUGGACAGUUUAGAACUGGAAAGUUCUAGCAGAGAGGUCAGUCAUCUGAAUGGAAGAAGGAAAAAAGAAGGAACAGCUCAAGACAGAUGCUGACCCAAAACUUGUUUGGUGAGCUACAUUCAGAUAAACCACCAAGAUCAAAUGGCAUCCACCCAGUAACUUUUAAGAAAUUUAAGGCUACAGCUAUGGAAUGCAUGUCGAAAAUGGACAGCCUGUCUUUGGAAAUCAUUGCUGUGAGGGUUGAAAAAAAUGAUGAGGACCAAAAGAUCGAACAAGAUGGCAUCAAACCAGAAGAUAAAGCUCAUAAGGCCGCGACCAAAAUUCAGGCUAGCUUCCGUGGACACAUAACAAGGAAAAAGCUCAAAGGAGAGAAGAAGGGUGAUGCCCAAGCCGCUGAGGCGGAAGCGAAUGAGAAGGAUGAAGCCCACGCGGCCGAUGGCGUGGAGAAGAAGGAGGGAGAAGGCCCCACUCCCACUGACGCGGCCCCUGCCUCGGGCCCCAAGCCUGAGGAAACAGGCAAGGCAGGCGAAACUCCUUCCGAGGAGAAGAAGGGGGAGGGAGCCCCUGAUGCUGCCGCAGAGCAGGCAGCCCCCCAGGCUCCUGCCCCCUCAGAGGAGAAGGCCGGCUCUGCUGAGACAGAAAGUGCCACUAAAGCUUCCACUGACAACUCGCUGUCCUCCAAGGCCGAAGACGCCCCAGCCAAGGAGGAGCCUAAACCAGCCGAUGUGCCUGCUGCUGUCACUGCUGCUGCCGCCACCCCCCCUGCUGCAGAGGACGCUGCUGCCAAGGCAACAGCCCAGCCUCCAACGGAUGCUGCGGAGAGCAGCCAAGCCGAGGAAAAGAUAGAAGCUGUAGAUGAAACCAAACCUAAGGAAAGUGCCCGGCAGGAUGAGGGUAAAGGAGAAGAACGUGAGGCGGACCAAGAACAUGCCUGAACUUUAAGAAAUGGCUUUCCACGUCCCCACCCUCCCCUCUCCUGAACCCUGUCUCUCCCCACCCUCUUCUCAACUCCACUCUGAAGUUUCCCUUCCUGUCCUGCUCACAUCCGUGAGUCUGUCCUCUCCUACCCACUAGCCCUCUUUCUCUCUGUGUGGCAAACAUUUAAAAAAAAAAAAAGCAGGAAAGAUCCCAAGUCAAACAGUGUGGCUUAAACAUUUUUUGUUUCUUGGUGUUGUUAUGGCGAGUUUUUGGUAAUGAUGAUCCAAUCAUUUUGGGAAAUUCUUGCACUGUAUCCAAGUUUUUUGAUCUGGUGCGUGUGGCCCCGUGGGAGUCCACUUUCCUCUCUAUCUCUCUCUGUUCCAAGUGUGUGUGCAAUGUUCCAUUCAUCUGAGGAGUCCAAAAUAUCGAGUGAAUUCAAAACCAUUUUUCUUUUCCUCCUUUUAAUGUGAUGGAAUGAACAAAAAGGAAAAAAAUCAAAAACCCAGUUUGUUUUGAAAAUAAAUAAAUAAACAAAUAAAUAAAUAAAGCAAAUGUGCCAAUUAGCGUAACUUGCGGCUCUAAGGCUCCUUUUUCAAUCUGAAUAUUAAUAAAUCAUGAGAGUAAUCAAA